CCACAGCGGGCCCCGGACGCCACAGCGAACUCCGAACGCUACAGCGGACUCCGGAUGCCGUAGCGGCGGGGGUAUGGCCAAAGACUCUUGGAAACUAGAAGAGAGACAAAACUAAAGUCUGAUAUUUUCCUUGCUGGCCGAACUUUGAAUUCCAGUAAAUAUCUCUCCUUGAAGAUGGCUGAACAGCGAGAGCCAUUCACUGUCGCCAUCAUCGGUGGCGGCAUUGGCGGCCUCUUUGCUGCUCUCUCGGUCCACCACCACUGCGCCGCACUGGGAAUCUCCAUAAAUGUCUACGAGCAAACUUCUGAAUACAAAGAGAUCGGGGCCGGGGUCGGGAUAGGCAUAAACGCAGCACAGCUCAUCCACAAGCUUGGUCUUGGAGAAGCCGCGAACAAAAUUGCAGGCGAUAGAAAUGGCGUCUGGCUGGCAUUUAGGCGAUCUGAUAAUGGAGCUGAGAUUGUCACUGUGCCAGUCAAUGAUCGAGAUGCGGUCAAGCAGCUUCCGAUGCUGAGGUCAGAGUUUUUAGAUCUGCUAUUAGACUCGAUAAGGGGGAGAAAUGCUGCGACGCUACAUACGAAAAAGAAGUGCACCCGGCUUGUGGACAUUGGCGACAAAGUCCGCCUCGAGUUUGCUGAUUCCACCAGCGCAACCGCGCACCUCGUCAUCGGCGCAGACGGCAUCCACUCCUCGGUACGCAGCCAAUUCGCCUUCGACAACCCGCGCUACAGCGGCAAGAUUGUCUACCGCGGCCUUGUGAGCAUCGAAGAUCUCCAGCCUUGGUGGCACCUAUCUACAUAUGCCGUAAGCUGGGUAGGAAAAGACAAGCAUCUACUCGUCUUCCCGAUCAGCGACAACAAGCUGCUAAAUGUAGUUGCGUUUGUGAGUGUCGAAGAGGGCAAGUUGGGCGACUUUCAAGAGAGUUGGGUCGCAGUAGGGAAUAAGGAGGAGGUCGUGAGUAGUUUUCAAGAGUUUGAGCCGCAUGCGAGAAGGAUAUUGGAUCUGAUGUCUAAGAGGCCAAGUAAAUGGGUUGUGAACGAAAGGGAGCCGUUGGAGCAGUGGAUUUACUUAAAUGGGAAGGUUGCGCUUCUGGGUGAUUCGGCUCAUGCUAUGUCGCCUCAUCAGGGAGCUGGAGCUGGCCAGGCGAUUGAGGAUGGAUACAUUCUCGGAAAAGCUCUUCAGGACUACUUAAAGUCCCAAUCAGGUGACCUUGGUAAAUGGAUGCAAGCAUAUCAGACACUGCGUCUUCCUCAAGCUCAGAGGGCGCAGCGAACCUCCCGGGAGGCAGGCGAAGUAUAUGAGCUGCAAGGAGAGGGCCUAAGGGGCAAGACGUUUGAUGAGUGUAUGCCUGAGCUGCGGAAUAGACUCAAAGACCGAAUGAAUUGGGUCUGGCUUGAAGACAUUGAUGUUAUGUAUGAAAAAAUCGCAACAGAGAUGAGGGGUUAAUAGAGAAUAGAG